GGCGCCGAGCGUGGCACCGGGGUGUGUGUGUGUGUGUGUGUGUGUGUGGCGGGCGGGGGCUGGGCCGCCUCUCGCUGCGGGGAAGCCCUGCGCGCCGGCUCCCGCCCAGCACUCCCGCGGGCCUCGUCUUAGCCACAGCCGCCACAUGGGGUUUCUACCUUGGUGAAGGUAUACUGGACAAGUGUGGACUUGAAAGCUGCUUUUAGGAUGUCUGAAGAUGAUGAAAAAGUUAAACUGCGUCGAAUUGAGCCUGCUAUUCAGAAAUUCAUUAAAGUGGCAAUUCCAACGGAUUUGGAAAGGUUAAGAAAACACCAAAUAAAUAUUGAGAAGUACCAGAGAUGCAGGCUCUGGGACAGACUGCACGAGGAGCACAUUAACGCAGGACGAACAGUCCAGCAACUCCGUGCCAAUAUGAGAGAGAUGGAGAAGCUCUGCUUGCGAGUCCGGCAGGAGGACAUCCCAGUUCUGCAGAGAAUGAUAAAUCCUGUUAAAGAGGAAGCCUCAUUUGCCAUAAAAGACUUCCUGCAGCUCCAUUCUGAGUCAACAGAAGAGCUUAAAAGGCAACGUGAAGUACAGGACGAUGCCUCUUUAAUCAGAUCGGCGACUGUAGGAGGAGAGACUUUCUAUAACGCGGAAGUGAAGGAGGGCUCCCAGAGUUUAAUCCAGAUCUCCUCCCGCCUUCCCGAAAUACCUCAGGAAGAAAAUGCAGCUGAGUCCUGGGAAACUUUAGAACAGGACUUGAUUCACCUGAGCCAGUUGGUGACUGAUUUUGCUGUCUUAGUCAGCUCUCAGCAGGAGAAGAUUGACAGGAUUGAAGACCACGUCAACAGUGCUGCUGUGAAUGUUGAAGAAGGAACCAAAAACUUGGGGAAGGCUGCGAAAUACAAGCUGGCAGCUCUGCCGGUGGCAGGUGCAGUCAUUGGUGGAGUGGUGGGGGGUCCUAUUGGUCUCCUUGCAGGCUUCAAAGUGGCAGGAAUUGCAGCUGCACUGGGUGGUGGGAUUUUGGGUUUCACAGGUGGAAAAUUGAUACAAAGAAGAAAACAGAAAAUUAUGGAGCAGAUCUGUUCCGGCAGUCCAGAGCCUUCUUGCCAAAGCGCCAAAAAAUCCAGCUGAAGAACAGAUUCAUUAGGAGUAGGAACAAAAGUGUAGUAGCCACGCUAAUGACAGACUUGCAGCCUUAUACUUUAAACACAAGGCUGAGUUGCGUGAAUUUUGCCAAUAGUGCCGUUACUUGGGAGGGGUGAAGCUGCGAUGGCAGAAUUUCUCUCUUUGGACGUGGUGACAUCAGCCCUUCGAAAAUGAUGUGGGUAACUUUUAAUUUAAAGUUGUUAGGUGAGCUCUCUGUGCUGCUGCAGUGGCGGGUGGCAGGUGCUUCAUGCCAAAUUUGCACUGAGUGUCUUGUGGACAAGAGAUAGAGAUUUAGAAAAUCCUAAUGCUUAUCCAUGAAUGCCACCCAGAAGCUGGAGCUUUUAUUAGUGCUCCAAAGAAAAGGAAACACGCUCCACCUAUCUUUUGUGGCCAUAGUACUUUAAUUUUACUUUCAUUUACUUGGGUUCGCAAAGUCCUCCUGUCUGUAUCCCCAGGGUACGAGUGACUGUGCCUGAUCAAUAGGAAGGAAGCUUUAGGUGCCGUAGGGAAAGCUGCAAACACUGGCUGAGCAACGUGGAAAACACCAUAUGCACAUCCCACUUGUCCCUCCAGCAGCCCAGCCAGACCUGCAGCAGCAGCUUUGCCCCUUUUUCAGGUACUUUAUUUUUUUAAACUUGUAAACCCUUCAUCUUGUUCAAAGUGUAGCUAAGAAGUGAACAGCCUAAGCAGCAGCUCUGCAGGACUGCUACUGGUGAAUAAUAAUUCUCCACGGCCGUUCACCUCCUUGGGCUGUUGCCAGGGCCACAGCCGAGGCUGAAGCACCCAACUCUGGCAUUGAGCCCAGCAGCCUCUGCUGGGUAAGCAGCAGUUACUGCUGGUGCUGCUCCUGCUGCUCCCCUCCUCUCCUGCCAGCAGCAGCAGAGCUGUUGGAGGAGGGCCAAACAGCUUCCCUGGAGGACAGCUCAGCAGCCCAGCCCACACCCCUAGGAGCCUCCCUUUCCCCUCCAGGGGGCAUGAGGCACCAGGGCCAAGACUGGUGAGGCAGCCAGCCCACUGCCAUCAAUGUAAUAGUCAACCUAAUAGUGUUUGCCAUAAGCAAACCCUGCUUGUCUGGGUCAGCUGCACGCCUCCUGCACACUGCUUGCUUCUGAAACUGCUGCUUCCACCCACCCUGCAGAGGAGCUUCUUAACCUUCUCAAAACUUUGGGACAUGCAGUCGAGGCUGUACAGGGUGAGGUGCUGUCAGUGCUUUUGCCAGCUUUUUAUAGGAGGUGCCUAUGACUCUUACCCUCAUUUUGCCACUUAAGAAGCCUUUUGCUUUGGCAGCUUCCCUUGUUAAAUAUGGAAGUGUUAACAUGUUUUUAUUGUCACAUAAUCAUACUGUUGUCAGAUAAUCAACUGCACAGCACCUAGUCCUACCUCCAUCCUUCCAGGACAGUUCUCCCGCUCCCACAGCUCCUGUUUGGGGGAAACACAAACUGAGGAUGGGAAGCUGCUUUUUAAAGUUUUUAGAUUAUUCGGUUCAUCGUGAGCUCUUGAGUCCAGUUUUACUAGAUGAGCACUGGAGGCACAGGUUAGUGAGAAGGCUCCCUAGCAGGGCACAGGGAAUAAGGAAGCCUCCUACUUGGAGAGCUCCCUUUUCAUAGCCAGUACUUUGCUGUCGUCAUUGGAGAUCACUGCCUACCGCUGACAGAUCAUAGGGAGUCUGUGUCUAGAGACACCAUAAGCAACUGUUAGUUACAGCACAAAUAUCUUUUCUUAACAGUUCUUCCUGAUUACUUUUAAAAUAGACCUGAAACUGCUGUCAGUCAGAGCAUUGUGUUUAAGUAGGUCUGAGGCUCAGGGAACCAAGGUGUGCAAGAACAGUUUUCACAAGUAAUUGCAAACCUCGUCACCGCUGCCGGUGUUAAAGCCCCAUUGCCCACCAUGUCUGCACAGGGAGCUGGAGCAGGAAACAUGACCCAAGUCAUUCCGCUCCUUUGCUCCCACUGGGCAACAAGCAUUUCUGUUUAAAUGCAUCUGCUGCAGAUGUAAACACGUUGACUGAGCUUGUAACACCUUCACGGUCAGGGUUUUCAUCCUUUCAUACAUAAUUUCUAUAUUUAAAGGAAGAAACUAAGGAAAAAAAAGUUCUUAAUGAGAAACUGUGGUCGAUUCUUUGUAUGAUUUUAAGAAACUAUGUCUGCUUUCCUACCCUGUGCUCCCAAAACUUUGUGCGUUUACGUGACGGCAGCCACCUCAGAGCCCCUGCAGGCUCUGCCCUCUGUCCCCAUGCUGGACUAAUGCCAGGACAAUCCAAACUCAUCAAGUGCAAUUCCUGCCGUGGCUUACACGAGUUCAGCUCAGUGGGCACUCAUUGUGUGAAGCGUCUGGCACAAAAACUGUUCUUCUGCCUCGCGUUGUUAAGGGGGCAAUUUCCAAACAUCGUGUGCACACGAAGCUCGGGAGACUGUUGUCUGAGCUAUGAUUUUUAAAAAUAGGUGAGUUAUUUACAUAUGUGAAGAAGAGGGGCAUCUGAGUAACCAAACUAGCAUUUACAUUGCUAGGCGGGGGAGUCAGAAGAUGUGUAAGAUACAAAUAAUUCUUUCAGACCAAAUAAAAGCUUUUGCCUAUGA